AUGCAAUUCCAUCCACAUGUUAGUGAUACACUGACUUUGUUGGUAAAGUAUAAUGCAACGGCUUACCAGGUGAACCAGACGGGACACUAUAUUCAUUAUUUAGAACGAUCGGAUAUAACGCAUUCUUUAAUUCAUCAAUCACAAGUACUACCUCCUGUUACGGCAAUUCAAAAGCCGGACUUUGAUUGGAGUUAUAUUAAUUAUGGAGUAUCAAAUUCAUCACUUAUUCGUAUCGGGAUUCCUAGUAUUCGUCUAAAUCAUGAAUUUCCUAUUAGAAUCUCCGUUGAUAUGAGUUUUCAAAUGCAGGAAUUUCGAUUAGGAAUUCAAUUUGGUCCAAGUAUACGUUUUAUUCAACCUAGACCUUCAAGAAUAUGGGGUAUGAAAACAAUAUCAAAUCAGUAUGGUAUUAAUAUUCGAUUUCGAAAUAAGAAAUCAGAUGGGAUAUAUAAAUCUGGACGACAGAUAAAUGAUAGCAGCAAUUUUAUCAAUGUGGCUGAAUUAAUUAUGGCAUAUCUUGGUCAAACAGAUCCUAUAUCUCAAGGUAGUCAUACUGGCAGUACUUAUAUGAAUACUGGUGUUGGUGUUAGCUCUGGUACAAGUUCAACUAUACCAUUGAAUUCAUUUAGAUCAGAUCAAUUAGAUGUUAAUGAUUUACAUGGAGUAGAUAAUGAAAUAUUUAUAGAAAAUUCAUCUGUUGACACUGAUUUAAACUUUAAUGAAGAUGAUCAACAUUUAGAAAAUAAAAAUAUUAACAAUUACAAUAAUGUUAAUGAUAAUAACAAUUAUGAUUAUUCAUUGAAUAAUCAACCAAUUAUACAAAUUAAAUUAAUUUAUUUUAUGCUUCGAUCAAAUUCAAGUAAAAUAAUUCCAUAUUCAAUGAAUAAUUUAAUUAAUUUGAAUGUACCGCGGUUAUUGAUGCAUUCAAACAAUAUGCAUAUUUUUGUUCAAUUUGAGCCUCGAGAUAUCAUAGAACCUCCAUGGUUUCCUGCCAUAUCAACUCCUGAACCACGUAAAUUACGGAUCAUUGGAUUGAUACCUCAGUCACCUGCCUUACCUUUGGAUAGUGAGAAAAUCUAUAGUUUUCCUUUUAGUAUACCUCCUAUUGGAAGACUUGUUGAUCUAACACGUUCUGUAUUUUGUCGACCAGCUACAAGCCGAGGAUUAGGAGAUAAUCUUUUGGAAGUUAUCACAUCAUCAAGUCCAGCUUGUUCAAUUUCAAUGAGACAAGCUCCUCCAGAGAUAGAAAAUAUUGGGUCAUUCUCGAAUGAUGGAUUUCUGCGUGAUUUGAAGGUGAACACCUUCACUAUGGCUGCUGGUGGAUUAGGAAUGCGAGUUGGUUGGACUGAUCAGUUGGUGUUAGCUUUGCCAUCGUCAGUUGAACAAAACUACAAUAUUCCUGUUGCACCUAGUAUAUAUGGUUCUGUUUCACUUGACCAACAAUGGUCAUGGAGGGAUUGGCGUGGGCCAACUGUUAGACGUUGGAUGUUAGAAGGAUUUCAAAUACAUGCUACUAAGACAGUGCUGCGAAAAAUUAAAUCUUGGAAAAUUCCUAGCGCAUCAUCUGAAAAUAAUCAUUUACCACAUCCAGAGGUGAAAAAUAGGUUGGAUUCUGGACAAGAUCGUUAUGAACAAGCCCUAAUUACAGUUACAGCAAGAAUAUAUACAAUGAAGCCUGGAACUGGUCAACGUAUUUAUCUAGGUUCAUCAUUCAUGGAUAAACAACAAUUUCCUAUACCAUCAUCUAUUGAUCAAUUUCAUACACAUGAAGAUGGUUCAAGUGAAAUGAUAUUCGAUAUAACUAGAUUGCUGCCUUCAUGGGCUUUAGUUGUGAAAUCCACUAAAUUUCAUCAAUCAUCUGUUGUAGUAGACAGUGAAUCUCCUGCCUAUUUAUAUCAUGAUGUAUUUAAUGGUAAACCUCAGUUAAUUGGACGACGACCAGGAAAAGUGGAAUUGAAUUUAGUUGCUACUCUUGGAGAUUUUCAACCACUUGCAACUCUAUUGAUUGAUAUUAUUGACUUUACAGAAUUAUCUAAUCAACCGGGAUCAGUUUAUACAGAUAAUCCAGAUAUAGUUGCAAUCAAAGCCGAAUGUAUUGAUUCCUCUUUGGAGCUCUCUGGUAGUCUUAAUCCAGCAGCGGCUACUCAUAAUUAUGAUUUAGGAUUAGAAACCGUUUCAUAUGAUUCAUACAAAAAAUUAUCCUCUGACAUACUUGAUGGCAGAGAAUAUGGUAUACCGAUAACAAAAAUUCAGGAUUACAGUCUGCCUAAUCCUCAUCGACUUAACAUUCACCUAAUUGGAAGAAGUUUGAAAAGUAGUAAUCUAGUCACAGCAGCCGCUUCUUCUACCAUCAGACAUCCUCAAUCUUUUAAAUUCAAGCUAAUUCAAACAAAUCAAAAUGCUGCUAGAAUAAUGCAUACAAUGAGGCCAUCAGUAUCUUCAGCAGUUUGCCCAAUUCAUCUACUUGUUAUCAACCUUAUUCUAUCUGAUGGAAGUACAAUCAGUGCACAUACUGUUCCAAAAAAUCAACUUCGAAUAUCUUCUUAUGGAUUACCGUAUGUCUGGGAUCCUGCUGUUUCAGUACGACCAAUAGUUGAAGAAGGACAGCAAUCAACUAACAUUACUAUCCCAAUUAAUAGUUUAAUUAUUUGGCCUGCAAUGUUAACGAAUAAAAGUAAAACAACAUUUCAUUCAUUACCUUUAGCUAUUAUGGAUGAUGUAUUUGUUUAUAUUCGAAAAUCAGGAAUGAUUGAAGAUCCAGAUAAGGUUUCAGAAAAGAUGUUACUACCGAAUAGUGAAGCAAAGAAUCAUCAUAUAGUUGGAUCAAACACUGGAUCAUUACUUCAAUUCAAUACAUUAUUAACAAUAAGUAAUACAGAUAAUUCUUUAAAAUCAAAUAACUCUACUAAUCAAUCAGUUCCAAUAAUAACUUAUAUAUUGAUUAUUAUUGGAUGUUUAAUAAUAAUUAUAUUAAUGAUUAUAUGUUGUAUUAUAAUUAUUUUUCGUAAAAAACACCUCAAACAAACAAAACUUGAUGAUAAAAGUCAAUUGAAUGCUCUUCCAGGUUAUAAUCAUAAUAAUAAUAAUAAUAAUUUCAAUAAAAAAAUAAAUGAUAAUACAAGAAGACUUAUUAAUAAUGAUCAAUUAAUAUUAUCUCAAUUGAUUUCAUCAACUGAAAAUCAAUCGAUACAAUCAAUUAUUAUACCUGAAAUUGAUAGAAUAAGUAAGUCAUCAUCAGAAUGUUUAAAGAAUCGUAUACAAUUAAAUUCUGAAGAAAUUUGUAACAGUAUAAAUAGUAAUAAAAGUGCUACAUUUAUUACUAAUAAUAAUAAUAAUAAUAGUAAUAAUAAUAGUAAUAAUAAUGGUAAACACUCUAUGAUUAUAGAUACAACAAUUAAUCCAUAUUUUAUAUGUUCUGAAUCAUUAUCUUCAAGCAGAGAUCAACAUAUUUCACAGUAUACUUAUUCAACCAAUUUAUCACCUAUUAAUAAUCUUUCAGGUUUAACAAAUUAUUCAAUAAAUUAUAAUAUAUCAACAAUACAAGAUAAUUGGAAUAAAUCUAAUGAAAAUCAAUCAAUUCAUUCUAAUCAUCAAUAUAAAAUAGCCUAUUAUAAUUCAGAAAAUAUUAAUCAAUGUUUAUUAUGGCCUAUAAAUAAUCAUCUUGAUAGUCAAUUAUAUCCUAAAGAUUAUACUAGUGGUCUUGGAUCUGUUGGAACAGUUGAAGGAUGUAGUGAUGAAGGUGUUGCUUCUGGUAUUGAAAUGAAUAGUUUAUCUCAAGAAAUAAAUAAUAAUAAUAAUAAUAAUAAUAAUAAUACUGGAAUAGGUUAUUUUCCUAUAAAAUAUAAAUUAGAUGUUAACAGUCAACAAAAACAAACACCAACAACUGGUUAUCGUUCAGCUGAUGAAAGUUUUAACGGUGUUAUCCAUGAUAUUGGUAAUAGUAUAACAGGUAAUCAAUCUAGGGAUAAAUCAAUAAAACUGAAGUAUAACUUAACAAGUACAAUGAUUCCAGAUAAUAAUUGUGUUUGUACAAGUGGUGGAAGUUUAAGUGGAAUGAGUAGUGGUGCAGAUAUAUCAGAAUAUCGACAAGCUAAAGGACAAAUUGAUUCAUGUUAUCAAAUUAAUAAAGAAUUAAACAAUCGAUUAAGUGAAAUUGUAUACAAUUCAAUAAAUGAAAAAGAUAUAAGCUUAGAUUCAUAUUCAAUUCCACGUUUAUCAGAUAUAUCAAGGAAUAAUAACUUAAUUCAUCAGUAUAGUCCUAAGUCAAUAUCUAAAAAUACUCAAAUGUAUGAAAGUUUUAUACAUCAUAGUCCUCAAAUGGAGCAAAGUAAAGAUAUUUCUCAAAAGUUUCAGAAAAGUAUUUUGUUAUGUGAAGGCAAUACUAUAGCUAAUAAACAAUGUAUAGAUACACAAGAGGAUAGGUUACACCAACCAAAUUUUACUUAUUGUUCAAACAAUUGUAACACUUAUUCAGCCAUUGAAGAUUAUGAUGGAUUUGCUGUACAUGUACCGCCAAUGAUGUUACUUAAUAAUCGUAUCAACUCUGUAUCUGUAACUAAACCAUUAGUCAACUCUCCUUUACUUCUUAAUCAAUCCUAUGAAAUCAAUGAAGAGAAUUCAUAUGAAAGGAAUCGAUCAUCAUUUAACUACAAAAGGAGUGAUAGUUUUGGUAUGGCUACACAACAUGUAGAAUACCUUCAGAAUAAUGGCUCAACACAAAAACUAACUAAUGAUCAUUCAGAUGAUCAUACCUUUUCUGUUGAUAAACAAAAUAUAUUCAAUCAAGAUUCUAUUCAAAUGGUUGGUGUCAUUGAUGAAAUGAUUGGUGAUGGUUCAGAUGUUACAGAUGAUGUUGUAAUUCCUAGAAAUUCAAAUGACAUGUUAGUAACAACAGGAACAAAUAGUGAUAUUUGCAUGAAGUCAGAAGAAAUCUCCUACUUGUAUAAAAUACCACCUCCUGAAGUUUAA